AUGUCUGCCCCUCCUGCUGAGCCACCUAGCCGUCACGCCCGUCCCGGGGAACCUUCACACGAAGAUGAUCGCACAAAGAGGCUACUCAAAUGGAUUCUCAGCCUCGACAAUCUCGACGAGAUUCGGGGCCAUCCCCAGAAGGUCAUCGACCUUAUUGAUGAAUUCAGCAAAGACGAGCGAAUGAUGACCCCCCAGACGAUGAUUGAAUUGGGCUGCUUUGUGGGCUACUCGGCGAUCUUGUUUGGCGAUGCCGUUCGCCGUAACGGAGGCAAGCGGUACUUGAGCCUCGAAUUGAAUGCCGAAUGGGCCAAUAUUGCCCAGCAGCUCCUCGAUCUCGCGGGCUUGGGAGAUUUCGUGCAUAUCCUGAUUGGCCGAAGUGACACGACUCUUAACAAGCUCUAUGAAACAGGAGACGUCAAAUCGAUCGAACUUCUGUUUAUCGACCAUUAUAAGCCUGCCUAUCUGACUGAUUUGAAGCAGUUGGAGCACCACGGCUUAAUCGUGCCGGGCUCUGUGUUGGCUGCGGACAAUGUCCUCUAUCCCGGCAAUCCUCCGUACUUGGAGUAUGUCCGCAGCACCGUGGAACAGAAGCGCGAGGCGGCGAAAAAAGGCCCUACGAAAGGAUACAGUACUGAAGGUAUGCGAGAGCGCACUGUGCAGUCAUUCAUGCCGGAGGGAGACAUGCCAUUCCUUGAGACUGUCGGCAACCCCAAUCUCGUGUACAAGAGCGAGCUUCGCCAGCCAGAAGGCCACAAGGAUGCUAUUGAGGUAACCCGGUGCGUGGGAGUACAAACGGAGUAA